CAGCCACUGAACACCGGACCGGGAAGCCAGUCAUUUUAAGAACACGAAACACGCGGUGCAGCAUCACACUGGGACUCGUCCAUAAUCCUGCAACAGCUGGACACGCAUUGUCGUCGAGAUCGUGGUUUUCAUCCACCCACACCCUCUUGAAGCAACGCUCCCUCGACAACAAUCCGUUUUGACUGCGUACAUCUUGCAUUCAAUAUUAACAUAAAACGCCAUCCGUGGUCGAUAUAAUAUAAAAUUAUAUUAUUUUAAAGUAACGAAAACCGUGGUAAAAGAAGAAAAUGUCGGAAGACGCCUUCAUCGUAUCACCUACUAAAAAACACACUGGCACCAUCAUAUUCUUGCACGGACUCGGUGAAAAUGGGGAAAACUGGAAGUUACUGCUCUCCAAAAUGGUCAAGCCCAACAUCAAAGUUAUUUGCCUUAAUGCGAAGAAAAUUCCACUCACAUUGAACAAGGGUUUCCCGACGGCUGCGUGGUUUGAUCUGGCGUCGCUGGACGAAAACAAGUUGGAAGAUGAGACGAGCAUUAUGCGGGCCGUGGACAAUUUACACGACAUCAUUGACGAGGAGAUCGCUACGUCGAAAGUGUCAUCCACCAAGACCAUGUUGGCCGGUUUUUCUCAAGGUGGCGCCCUGGCAAUGUAUGCCGCUCUGACCUACCACAAACGGCUCGCCGCCGUCUUGGCAAUGUCCAGCUGGCCAGUGAUCCGGCAUACCCUGCCCGAAGCGGCCGUCAACAACACCAACAUACCAAUGUUACAGUGUCACGGAACCGAAGAUCCGGUCAUUUACUACAAAUGGGGCUUAAUUUUGUCGGACGUACUCAAAGAGAUGAACCCCAACAAGUACGAGUUUAAGUCGUACGAGGGUUUGAUGCACGCCGUUAACGAUCAGGUACGAAAAAUUCUCGUAUAAAUUAUUAUGCAUUAC